CAACCAUUAGGUGACAUGGAUGUGUUUGUUAAUGACAGGGCUUCAUGUGAAGGUUUUGAAGGGUGUGGUAGAAUAGAAAUAACAUACAAAUUUCCUGAUGGAACACAAGGGCCUACCCAUCCGCGUCCAAAUGCAAGGUUCAAAGGUAUCACGAGAAAAGCAUACCUGCCAAAUAACAGAAGAGGCCAGGAAAUCUGUGAAAUGCUGAAGGUUGCCUUUGAGAGAAAACUUGUUUUCACAAUUGGAAACUCCCGCACAACUGGAGCUGAAGGUGUAAUCACUUGGAAUGAUAUUCAUCAUAAAACAGAUCAAAAACCAAACACACAAUUUGGUUAUCCUGACCAUACAUAUCUAGACAGAGUGACUGCCGAACUAAAAAUUUAAGGGUGUCACUGUUGAUGAUAUACAAA